AUGACUUCCUCUACUCAUUAUCACUAUAUCGAUUCUCAACCUGAAAACCCCUUCUCAAAACUAGUCAACAAUCAGAAAAUCCUUAUAAUACCCUCAUUUGAACUAGAAUCUGGUGAAGUUCUUUAUGAUGUUCCCGUUGCUUAUAAAACAUGGGGCAGACUAAAUGCUCAAAGAAACAACGUCAUGAUAAUCUGUCAUGCCUUUACUGGUUCUGCCGAUGUAGCUGAUUGGUGGGGCCCUCUCUUGGGCAAAGAUAAGGCUUUUGAUCCAACAAAAUUCUUUGUCAUUUGUUUAAACUCUUUAGGUUCCCCAUAUGGUUCAUGUUCUCCUGUCACUAUAAAUCCUCAAACUGGCCAUCACUAUGGCCCUGAAUUCCCCCUAUGCACAAUUAGAGACGACGUUAAAAUCCACAAACUAGUCCUAGACCAUCUAAACGUCACCCAAGUUGCCUGUGUAAUCGGUGGUUCAAUGGGUGGAAUGUUGGUUCUAGAAUACCCAAGCAUUUUUGGUCCCAAUUAUAUAAGAUCAAUUGUAGCGCUAGCUACCUCGGCCAGACACUCAGCUUGGUGCAUUUCUUGGGGUGAAGCUCAAAGACAAAGCAUCUACUCUGAUCCGAAAUAUAAUGAUGGCUACUACCAACUAGCUGAUGGUCCUGUUACUGGUUUAUCUGCCGCAAGAAUGUCCGCUCUAUUAACCUACAGAUCAAGAAACUCUUUUGAAAGCAGGUUUGCCAAUAAAAUUUCCAAUGGAACUUCCAACGAAGCUAAUGACAAUAAAAUAUCACACUCAUCUUCAAAUUCAAACUCCAGUUUAAAAAAUUUCCAGGAUGAAAAUUGGGUUAUUCAUAAUGAUGGCCAUAAAACUGCAAUCGGUUCUCUCCAAAGAUCUUCUUCAAACGCCUCAGUCACUUCUCUAUCCUCAAAUCGAAGCCAAAAUAAUUCCUCUUCAAACUUGAAAAAAAGACCCCAGACUUUCUUCACUGCUCAAAGUUACUUGAGAUAUCAAGGCAAUAAAUUUAUCCAAAGAUUUGAUCCAAAUUGCUACAUUCAAAUCUCAAGAAAACUAGAUACUCAUGAUCUAACAAGAGAUCGCUAUUACCCAUUUCCUCAAUAUUACACCUAUAUUCCUUUACAAAUUUCAGUCGAGGACCAAUUAAGCACAUUAUCUCAACCUUCCUUAGUCGUGGGAAUAUCCUCUGAUAAUUUAUUCACCUUAUCCGAACAGCAACUAUUAGCCGAUUAUUUACCAAAUUCUGAAUUCUACGAAAUUGAAAGCGCCGAAGGUCAUGAUGCAUUUUUAUUAGAAUUCCAAAUAAUCGAUGAUAUAAUAUUGAAAUUCUUAAACAAAAACUUGAAAGAUAUCAUGCGAGCGACUGUAGUUGACGAAAAUGAUUUGAUUGUUGAUGAAUCAAUAUUAGGUAAAAAUGGUAAUAAUAAUAGUGUAUUUGGAGAAGCUGAAGAUAUAAUUAACUGGUAAAUGAAUUUUGUAUUGUUUUAUAUUCGUAUUUUCACAUCAUUAAUAUCACUAUAUUUAUAUUUAUAUUUUUACUUUUAUUUUUAUUUUUAUUUAUUCAUUUUUUUCAUCUUCACUUUCUAUUAUUUUAUAUUCUAAUUUACAUUCACUUGCGC